GACGUUAUCUAGUAUGGAAUUAGGAAAUUGUGGUGAUUUAUAAAUUAUGAAUCUAUGAAACUAUUACGAGGAAUCUAUGAAUUACGAACAUUCAUUAAUUGGCACGGGAUAAAUAUUUUUGAUGAAAAUAUCUUCAGAUAGUGAAACGCUGAGAUUUGAGGUAGGUCCAUUUUUCUUUGUUCCAAUUUAUUGAUAUAUAAAAUGGAUUUAGAACGAAUUAAGGAAAAACGAAAAAGGUUAAGAAUUUCAUUUAGUAAGCAUUUAACUAGGAUAGAAAAUACGAUAGGAAUUGAAAUUUCGAAUGAAUACACGAAAGAAAUGAAAGUGAAUGAGCUUUUGAGCUUAAAAUCUCAGCUCACAGAAAAAUUAAAUGAUUUAAUUAAAGCUGAUGAUGAAGUGCAGUU